GCGGGUGAUGCGAUACGGAGGGUGAGGAGGAGGAGGAGGAGUAGGAGGAGAAGGAAGAGUAGGGUCAACCGAUGUUGACAGUUUAACAAAUUUGCCCGGCUGCCUAAUUAAUUUUUAUAGUUCAAAUUCGGAUUUGGAAGUUCAACGGAACUUGGCAUCGCCCAGAUGGCCAUUAUGAUGCAAAGUAGACGAAAGUGAAAUGGAAUCGACACGAAAUACGACAUUUAUUUCACACCGCCCGCUCGAGCUUGAAGAGCGCUACGACACCCGACAACUCGCAGAGAUCGAAUCGCUAGAAGGAUGCCUACAAUGCCAUGGACCAAAUGGCCACUGCUGCUCCAGCUGGGGCUGCUGCUGGUCCUGCACCUGACCACAGCCGAUGUUAGCCAUCUGUCCAAAAACUAUUUGCCACCGGAUCCCAAGCCGUCGGCCGCGCAGCCCCUGGCGGACGAGCCAGCCCCGGCGGAGCCUGCCAAAGCCAACGAUGGCAGCUACUAUCCCGGCGGCGGCUUGACGCUGCCCUCGGGCUACUCGGUACCCAAUGGAGGCAAUGUUCCACAGCCGCACAGUGCACCGCCCAAUUUCCCGCUGCCCAUUUAUCCGCCGUACUUUGGAUUCAACGGCGGUAGUGCGGAAGCCUUUGGCAAUGGGUUUGCCAAUGGAGCACAAGGACCACAAUUCCAACAGCCUGGCCAGUUUCCAGUCGGUCCUCAGCCUGGCCAGUUUCCAGUCGGUCCUCAGCCUGGGCAGUUUCCAGCUGGUCCUCAGCCUGGCCAGUUUUCACAGGGCGCUCAGUUUGUAGGAGGACAACAAGGCUUUCAGUUUACGCCUGGACAACAGGGCGGAGGCUUUCCAGUUGGCCCACAGGGCGGCGGCUUUCCAGUGGGACCCCAAGGCGGCGCCUUUCAAGCCGGCCCAACGCCAUUUGCACCCGAUUACCUGACCAUGCAAGGACUACCGGCAGCCGCCAUACCGCUGCCCUUCCAGCAGAACGUUGGCUUUGGUCAACAGACUGGCUUUGGCGGUCCACAGUCCACACAUCACUUCCAGCACCUGGUCAACGUGGGUCAGCCAUUCGUGCCCAGCUUCGGCAUACCCGGCCAAAACUAUCAGCCGCAUCCACAGCGGUUCGCCGACGAGCCGCAGCCAGAGGGCAAGGCGAAGCCAAAGAGCACAGACGCCAAGGCGCUGGCCAAGUCCCACAACAAGGAGACCACCUACGCCUCCAACGGUGGCUACGUCUACAAGCGCGCGAAAUGAGCAACGACGACAUUUAGUGCCAAUAAAUUAUUAUUUAAUCAAUUUGUGUUUUAUUUUUUUUUUUCUGUGUCUCUCUCUCUCCCUCUCUCUCUCCAUUCGGUACGGUUCGAUUCGAUUCGAUAUUCAAUUUGAUCAUCACCUUGUGCUUUUUUCCCGUGUUUACGAUCUCACA